GAAGAAAGCAUCUCAAAAGCUAUGAUCAUAGGAAAUACAUUUUUUUGCCUAGAAUGGAAAGCAAAUGUGCUCUCACAUGCUAGCCAGUUCAAAAGCAUAGUUCAGCUUUUCAAGUAGCUGUCUCCUUCAUUGUGUGAGAAACCAGAAGUUAAUGACAUUCCUGAAAAGAUUACAAAAAGUUAUCUCCCCUUUCUUUUCUGCCAGGCUACCUUGAAUGGUCUGCUGUCCUUUGUUACUGUGCCCUCCCUAAGAGAAAGCUAGACUUUUUUCUGGGAAGGGAUUUCACACGGAUGGAUAGCUGUCACAACUCCUUCCAAGAGGGUAUACAGCAGUUUUGAGUGCUACCUGUUCCUCUGUCCAAGAGGCCUCCUACACCUGGUUUCAGCACCCAACUGAAAACCUGACAGCUACCUCAAGCAGAUCUGAACCACCUUCAGCUUCCUGGACAACCCAAGGAUGACAUUCUUCUGGGACCUAUGCUACGCCACUGUCCAGAUAUAUGGCCUCUCCCAACACGGGGGAAAGGUGAUAUGACAGGAGGUACUGCAGUCAGUCAAGCUCAUCCUGCUCUGUGACUUCAAUCCUGAAGUCUGUACCGUGUCUACCAACAUAAUCUGGGCUUGGAGCAAUCAUUGUGGAGCAAUCUGUCAGCACAAAACCAUCACUUGUGGGUUUCUGGCUUGAACACCCAUUGACAACAUCAACUUUUCAUUUGCUACUCUGGGGACAAUGCAUACAUGGCACCCAAAAGGAGUGAAAUAACAUCAGUGACUUCCACCCACAGCAGCCUGGCAGUUUGUCUGUUGUCACUAACAGUCUCCUUGGAGGAAAGUUUUUGUGGAAAAGCCUCUCUACAUGUUAUAUGGAGUCUGCAUUACUCUUCCAGCACACAACCAAACACAAGUAUCCUAUAACUAAUAAGUACUCACUUGGAUGCGAUACUGAGGUCUUUUGUCUCUUGAGUAAGCGAAAAUCUGGGCAUGAAGAGCCAGUGCAGAAAGGAAAAAAAAAAUAUUACAAAAGAGAUAUUCCCAUAUAUUGAAGAAAUUUUCCAUGCCAAAAGCAGCUAAACAUCUCACAGAUAAGAGAUAAAUUGGAAUAAACAGCUGUCAGUGUUAAAUAAAUACCCUGGAUAAUGUGCAGGACAGAAAUAACUACAGCAUCGUCAAACUCCUUUCUUCACUUUAUUUAGCUGUUCUUGCAUGUAGCUCCCAAUCUUUGCACUGUUUCAGUUAGUGGAGCAUUUAUUUUUGAGUCAGCUGCAUUUGUUAAGACUGUAACAACGAAAGGCAUUUCCUGAGAAGCUGCAAGGAUGAGCAGCAAGAAAGAACAACAGCUAAGGAAAUACGGGAUCCUACUAGUGCUUUUUAUCUUCCAAGUUCAGAUUUUGGGGUUUGAUGUUGACAAUCGACCUACAACAGAUGUCUGCUCGACACACACAAUUUUACCUGGACCAAAAGGUGAUGAAGGUGAAAAAGGAGAUAGAGGAGAAGUGGGUAAACAAGGCAAGGUUGGACCAAAAGGACCAAAAGGAAACAAAGGACCUGUGGGGGAUGUUGGUGACCAGGGAAUGCUUGGAAAAAUUGGUCCAAUUGGUGGAAAGGGUGACAAAGGAGCCAAAGGCUUAUCGGGGGUUUCUGGAAAAAAGGGAAGAGCAGGCACGGUCUGUGACUGUGGAAGAUACCGCAGAGUUGUUGGACAACUGAAUAUCAAUGUUGCUCGUCUUAACACGUCCAUCAAGUUUGUGAAGAACGUUAUAGCAGGUAUCAGGGAGACAGACGAAAAAUUCUAUUACAUCGUGAAAGAAGAGAAGAAUUACAGAGAAGCCUUGAUCCACUGCAGGGACAGAGGAGGAACACUGGCCAUGCCUAAAGAUGAGGCAACCAAUGCCCUGAUCGCUGACUACAUUUCCAACAGUGGCCUCUUCCGAGCCUUCAUUGGGCUGAACGACAUGGAAAAAGAAGGACAGUUUGUGUAUGCAGACAACAGCCCGCUGCAGAACUACAGUAACUGGAAGGAAGGGGAGCCUCACGACCCAGCUGGCCGCGAGGACUGUGUGGAAAUGCUCAGCACAGGAGAGUGGAAUGACUCUGAGUGCCAAGUCACCAUCUACUUCGUCUGUGAAUUCCUCAAGAAGAGGAAAUAAAAAUGCCGCAGAAUAUGCGUGGCACCUGCUGUACAUACAAUAACCCUCCUCAUUCAUCCACUGUAGGGAGAGCAGACAACCAGGGACAGGGCUCAAUCCAGCCUUCACUUCACUGGGUUAAGCAAGAGUAACUACUGUCAAGAUGACAGUGACCAUAAAGUCAGCACAGGUCUGCAGAAGGCAUCCAGCUGGUUGGGAAUUUUUAAUUUCUAUGUGGAAUUUAAGGUGGGCAUUUCUAUGUGUAAUUUAGGGACAAAUUUAGAGCAUGCAGAGGUGAAUAUGAUUUCAUUAAUGCCAGAAAUAGUAACCACUGGUGUAUUAAGUUACUGAUGUGCUUUGCAAAAUUCACAGAUGGGAAGAGUGUGAUCUUUACUCAUCUCUGACCUGCACAGAAGUCCCAGUAUUUCCUUGGUGACUUCAGAACUGGGAGAACAGAUCUGCAGUUUCUCUUAAAAAUAUCCUUCUUUUGCUAGAAUCAUAUAGUAAUUUAAGUUGGAAGGAGUCUCUGGAGGUCAUCUGGUUGAAUUGCCCAUGCAAAGCAGGGCCAACUGCAAAUUUUUAUUAGAAUUUUUUAUACUCUUCUUAAUUUGACUGUGCAAUUAUGUUGCCUGACAUGCAGGGGAGGACUUGCUUAUCUCUGCUUCCAACUGUCAUCCAUCAGGCUGAUCUGAGGUGUGAGGAAUUAACUUAGCAAUCUGCAUGCAAGCCUGCACAACUUGUAGGCAACCCAAGAAGAGAUGGAACAGUUCUAGUCUCCGAUGGCCCCCAAAAUCUGUGAAAAAGGUAGAAAACUCUAGCCCAAAGAGAACGAUGGAAAGGAAGCAACACCACUGCUGUAGGCUGUAAACAGGCACACAUAGUAUCAGCUAUACCAACGUGCAUUGCCGGUUUAACAAGUGAUUCUAGGAACAUGUUAUCCCCCCUAACUCAGUAGCCAGUUGAAACCACACCUGAAUCUGGGGGAUAUUUAGGGGGAUAAAGGCUGUUCUAUAGCUUCUUCCUAUGUUGCAAAGGUGUGGGAGAGCAACUUAGUCAUGCACUUUAGUGGGACUCUCCACAAAUCAUGAGCAGUAAGUGUGAAGGCGUUGCUGUCAGUGCCUGGCUACUCAUAUCUCCAUGUCAGUAUGCCCAUAAUGGAUCAUAUUUUCCUAUCUUUGAUAAUACUGAAGAGGCUCUUUCUUCAAACACAGCAACCAUUUUGCCUUCAGAAGCGAGCCUGUUCUUAGUCAUGGUUCACCUUUCCUCACAGCAGAGGGUUACACAGUCAAGGGAAACCCCAGGGCCCCUGCAAUGAAGGUCUAUAGAUUUUGUUUCCUACGUGACACUAAAAAUGAAGGAAUGAUAUCUGGAGGCUAAGGAGAAUGCUAGACACUAGGCACAGUGCAGCGAUUUAGCCUGCAGAUCACUCUGAGCACCAGUUGCACAUAGUCUUCAUCUGGGUAUACGGAGAGGUGGCCAUGCCACCAGCUCGUAAUGCAGAGGGUCAGCUCCAAGCCUCCCUUCUACUGCUGUGUACAACACUGCAAAGGGAACUACACAUCCGUCAUACUUCCUCAGCCUCACCCUCAACAAGAAAAUCCUCCAAACCAUUUAGCUGGUUGUUAGUUUGACUCCAAGCUAAUCUCUGAGCAAUGACCAGUGCAGGAGCACCCCAGGACACUCUUGUGACUCAGAACCACUCUUGUAAUCCAGUUUCUCUGCCAUUUGUUCCUCCAGAAAACCACCUGUUGCUACCAGCAGAUUACCUGUGUAGUUACACUCCUUCCUGGAAACUGUUCAGACCCGUGAAUGAAGGGGUGGGACCACAUUUCUUUUCAUUGCUCCCCUGCUAUGCUAUGAGAGUAUUUGGGCAAACAGGUUCACUUAGCACAAAUAACUCAUCCUGAAUUGUUCCCUUCCUGGGAAUUGAUAUUCCCCAAAACUAAGCAGAGUUACACUUUUUAGGAUCUAUAGUAAUAAACUCAAUUAAGCUAAA